AUGGCAGCCGGGACAUGCUGCAGUGUGGCACCAUUCCUGUUCCGCAAAAUGCCUAUUGGAUUAGAGGGAAAAGAACUGCUGGGGACAAACAAAACCUCUGAUGCACCAAACAAUCUCAGGGAAAACAAAAGCUUGACAUUGCGCAAGUCCUGCGAGGUUGCGGGUAACUUCAUUACAAUGACAGAGCUCAAGAAGAAGAUUAUGACCUUCCGAGACUUACUUGACCUUCCUCCUUGCGCUGGCUCUGCUUCCAUGACUGAGCUGGUGAUAGGGACAGUAAAAGAUCUCCAUAAGUUGUAUCCUAAAGCCAUACAGAGCAUUUCAAUGUCAGAAACAGAAGCAACUAUGCACCAGGCACUGAUGCUGUUUUGUGAUGCUUUGAAAUCUAUUGGAAACUUGUGGACAAGUAAUAAUGAGUGGAUGAUCAAAUGCAAAAAUGAUGAUCUGGUGGCUACAAACAAUUUGGAACAACUUGCGUUGGCGAUGCUCGAUGACAUGAUUAUGGUAGCAAGAGAAAGGUUGUUUGAUAUGAUGGAUGAGGAUGACCAGAUGAAAGAUGAGAGCCCCCCUUCUAAUGCAUUUGGGAAGGCUUUCUUCCGGUCGUAUUCGGAGAAACAAACCCCAUUUUCUGGCUCUCCUGCCACCCCAACUUCAGUCCUCCCUGAGAUGACUAUGGGCUCAGCCAAAGGAGCAAAGAUUUGUUACUCCCCACCACUUCUUUUGCCUCUCAGAAUUCAAGCUGUUGGGAAGUUAAGUCCAAUUGAUGUAAAGCGCUUAUCAUUCCACAUGUUCCCCCAUGUAGCAGCUCAAGAUUCAAAACCUUUGAUCCAGAAAACUAAACCAGAGAGCAGUUUUGAAGUGAGAGUCACACCACCAAGUACCAUUGAAGCUGACAAAGACGAUGAAUUGACAGAGGACAUACCAGGGUCUGCUAUGCCUGAUUUGGAGAAGACAACUAGUGAAAAAGGAAGAAAUUGGAGUGGCAAUCCAACUAACCCAGAGGUGCCAACUACUGACAGUUCAGCAAAGCGAGCCAUGGAUGUUCUAUUACCACCACCAUCACUACCUAAGUUGCGAUCAAAUGUAGCAGCAGUGGCACCGCCACCAACAUCACAACCUACAUCCAUGGUCUUAUCGAAUGCACUAGUGUCACCACCACCUCUGUCAUCACCACCCAAAUUGCCACCAACUUCAACAACAGGUCCACCACGACCCCCCAUGAAAACAAGAACUACUGCAAUACCACCACCACCUAUGACCUCUGCAAAUAUGGCAACAUCACCCCCACCGCCACCACCACCACCCAUAAAAUCAGGAAAUAUAGCAACAUUACCCCCACCACCACUCAUGAUGUCAUCAAACAGAUUGGGCCUAUUACCACCACCCGUGCCACAGACAAAAGGAGGUGCUCCCCCACCACCACCUCCAGCUCUUGUAGGCAGCAGGUCGUUACGUCCCAAGAAAGCAGCUACAAAACUGAAAAGAUCAUCCCAGAUGGGUAAUCUUUAUCGGCUUCUCAAAGGAAAAGUGGAAGGAUCUACUUUAGACGGUAAAUCAUCAUCACAGGGUAGAAAGAGUAACGUCAGGGCCUCAGGUAACGGGAAGCAGGGAAUGGCUGAUGCACUAGCAGAGAUGACAAAGAGAUCGGCAUACUUCCAACAAAUCGAGGAGGAUGUUAGAAACCAUGCAACAUCAAUCAAGGAAGUGAAAGUUGCUCUUAGUUCUUUCCAAACAUCUGACAUGGCUGAGCUCAUUAAGUUCCACAGACAAGUGGAAUCCCUCCUUGAGAAAUUAACUGACGAAACCCAGGUGCUAGCAAGGUUUGAAGAUUUUCCAACAAAAAAAUUGGAAGCACUGAGGAUGGGAGCAGCACUGCACACCAAGCUCAAUACAAUAGUCACUACCCUGCAGAACUGGAAGAUAGUUACUCCUGUGAGCCAACUCAUUGACAAAGUGGAGAGUUACUUCAAUAAGAUCAAAGGAGAAAUGGACACACUGGAACGAACGAAAGACGAAGAAUCCAAGAAAUUUCAAAGCCACAAGAUCAAUUUUGACUUCAACAUCCUCGUACGUAUCAAAGAAUUGAUGGUGGAUGUUUCCUCAAGCUGCAUGGAAUUGGCACUUAAGGAGAGGAGAAAUGCAAAGGCAAAAGAAAAUGAAGAAAGUGAAUCGAGCAAAACUGAAGAGCGAAAGAAAGGGUCUGCUAAAAUGCUGUGGAAGGCCUUUCAGUUUGCAUUCCGGGUCUAUACUUUUGCUGGUGGACAUGAUGAUCGUGCCGAUAAUCUGACGAAAGAACUGGCUCAGGAAAUAGAGACAGAUCCCCAUCAUUAG